AUGGCUGUUUCGAAAGGCCUCGUUGCCUUUAUAAUACUAGUUUCCUUUCUCGCACAGAUAUGGAAUUUGCGAGUCAAAUCGGGAGUGAAUCUGAAUGAGAUUUACUUACGUUCGCUCGAGGUCGUGGCUAAGCGUGAAAAUUCUCAUUUGAUGGACCUAGAACUGGCAAAGCUCAAACCUGCCUCCAAUUCAUACGUGCAUGAGCUAUUCCCCAAGCCAGUUUCUGGAACUCCCCAAUUAGAGAAUGCUACGAUUCUAAUGCUAUGUCGAAAUUGGGAACUUCCUGGAGUCCUUAAAUCAAUGAGGUCUUUGGAGGAUCGAUUCAACAAGGAUUACCAUUAUACCUGGACAUUUCUGAAUGACAAGCCAUUUACAGAGAGGUUCAAGGAAGCCACUACAUUCAUGGCCAGCGGAAAAACUCAAUAUGGGCUAAUAUCGCCUGAAGAUUGGAACGCUCCUUCGUUCAUAAAUGUGACCAAGUGGGAAGAGUGCUUGCAGGACUUCGAGGACCGCAAAGUGAUAUACGGCGGGUCCAAGUCGUACAGAAACAUGUGCCAUUUUAAUUCAGGGUAUUUUUAUAAACAACCGUUGGUGCUACAGUACGACUACUACUUCAGAGUGGAACCCGACGUCGAGUAUUUCUGCGAUUUCCAAAUGGACCCUUUCCGUUUGUUUCGUGAGAAUGGCAAAAAGUAUGGGUUUGUGAUUUCCCUGAUCGAGUACGAGGACACUAUACCUUCUCUAUGGGAGGCCGUGGAGGACUUCAUGAAUGCAAAUCCAGAUAUGGUACAUCCAGACUCCAUGUUAGAUUUUCUGACGGACGAUAAACCCAUUGGAACAGAGCCUCUGGUCGUGGAACAUAAUUCUUCGUACAACCUGUGCCAUUUCUGGUCUAAUUUUGAAAUUGGAGAUCUCAACUUCUUCCGCUCCAACGAGUAUGAAACAUACUUCAAGUUCCUGAGCCAAACCGGUGGCUUUUACUACGAGCGCUGGGGAGAUGCUCCUGUGCACUCCAUUGCGGCCGCGUUGCUUCUCAAUCGUUCAGAAAUUCAUCAUUUCGAGGAUAUUGGCUACACCCAUGUUCCGUUUGCGACGUGCCCGGAGUCGCAAAUGCUGCGCAUUGGGAAACGAUGCAUAUGCCCAGACUUUAGAAAAAUCGACAACAUCAAUUUGGUCCCGCAUAGCUGCUUGCCACGAUUUUGGAAAUACGCAGGCAAAAGAUUUCUGAGAGAAUACUACCAUCCGGAGGAUUACCGAUAA